CUUCAGCUCAAAUAGCGGGACUGUCCACCUUACACGUGGUGAUGAUUGCCGUGGUGCCAUCUGUGGUACUAGUGGGAAUAUUAGCGGGAAUUCUGGGAUACCGGCGCGGCAGAAAGGAACAAAGCGACGACCUUGAAUUAGAAGACUUUGAGAACUUCGACUUUCAUCCCGAUAUUCUAGAAUUAUCUAGAGAUUUGUACGGGCCAUCACCCCCACCUGCUCCGCCUGUGCCGGCUCGGCCACAGUUCCUGGAGUACGAGGUUAACCCGACUGAUCUACAACUGAAUGAAGAGAUCGGCAGAGGUGCCUUCGGUAUCGUCUUCCUUGCGACUUUAAAGAGAGCUGUUGAUGGUCUUCUCACGGAACAAACAGUGGUGGCCAAAACCGUUCAUGAGAAUGCCAGAGAAGAGGAGAUACAGAAUUUUAUACAAGAGGUCGACACCACCAUCACCCUGAGGCAGCACAUCAACCUGCUCGGUUUGGUGGGCUGUUGCACGCUGUCCCACCCUCCCUACCUGGUGACGGAGUACAUGCCGUAUGGGGACCUCAAGAAGUUCUUACUCAAGUGCAGGAAGUUGGGUGAGAGGCUCCAAGACAGCAUGUAUGACUUCGACGACAUGAAGAUCUACCAGGUAGCACGGCAGAUAGCAAAUGGAAUGACCUACAUUUCCCAGGCUGGUUACGUGCACGGCGACCUGGCUGCCCGGAACGUGCUGGUAGGAGAGGACCUGGUGGUGAAGAUCGCAGACUUCGGCCUGACAACAAACAUCUACGAGCGAGGCUACCAGCGGCAGGACGCGGAGCAGAAGAUCCCCCUGAGGUGGAUGGCGCCGGAAAGGCUAAUGCGAGAGGGCCGGUACACCAGCAAGAGUGACGUUUGGUCCUUCGGUGUGGUGCUGUACGAGAUCGCUACGUUAGGGAACGUGCCCUAUCCGGGUCGGGAACGCACGCUCCUGGAGGAACUCCGCACAGGGUACCGCGAACCACGCCCGCCUGGCCUCAAACAAGAACUGUACGACAUGAUGCUGCGGUGCUGGCAAUGGGAGGAAGAUGAUCGCCCGGAGUUUGAGGAGCUUUACGAUGAGCUGGACGCUGAGGUAGAAGUGAUGGCCGAGGAUUACUUCAAACCCGGUUCCGGCUCCCCAGUGGGGGGUCAGAAUCAGGCAGCAGAAGCUUUUGAAACCUCGUACGACGUCCCAAAGUCGGGCCGGAUGGGGAUGCAACUCCGCGUCACUGCAGACGUCUACAACAGCGAAGAUCGUGAUGAAGUCGACUCGCUCUCGUCCUCCAAUGCAGAAGCCAGUUCCGCGCCAAUAGAGAAGGAUGUGGACACUGAUAAUGAUACCCAUACAGCAGUUAACAAGUGCAAGGCCACGCAGCAAGACACCCUCUCGGAAAGUGAAGACCACGACAAACUACAAGUGGAAUCCUCCAUCCCACCGGGUGCAGCAAGUAUGGAUACCAACGACAGUUCCACCGACUCCGAGCUGCCAGAGCCAGCGAAUGUGCAGAAAAGUGAAACCCCGGCUACAAUUGAGGACAUCUCCGGUGAUGCUGAAGAAGAAAUGCCUCCAACAACAGAAGAAACUGUGCAUUGAUUCUCGCUGUAAUUACAGGCAAAUCAUGAUAUGGUACGUCUUUUUUGCAUAAUUCAUGAUCAAAUCUAAUUCUCACGCCCAGU